CAUCGAAAAGGUGCACAAAUACAUCAGCAGAUGCGGGUAUAUAUGUAUUGCACAUAUAUCUAGCCAAAGCCAAAGUAGAAGAUAUAUAUGCGUAUAAGCUGAACGCGGCGCACUCUGCUCUGUUUUUUCUUUUAUAAUUACUUUUGUCUAAAAUUAGAAGACGUGUGUGUUGUGUAUGCCCCGUCCGUGUAUCCGUAUCCGUGAGAUACGCGUGAGUGUCCGCGUCUGCUAUAUCGCACAUCAUCAUCGCCGUACACCAUCCGCCGUCCAACAUCCACCAUCACCAUCACCACCAUCAUCAUCAUCGCCAUCCCCAUCAUCAUCGUCGUCUUCGUCGUCGUCGUCGUCGUCAUCAGAGAUCAGAGAUCUGCAGCGGUGUGUGUGCCAGAAAAGACGACUCGUGAAUCAGACUACGGCUACGACUACGGGUGCGACUACGGCUAUAUAGGCGAGAGAUCGCGUAUACGGCCAGACAAACAUUAUCGUAUAUCUGGCGCCGAGGAUUACAAUUACAAGAGCAGCAAACGCAACAGCAGCAUCAGGAGCGGCAGCCGAAGCUAAAGCCGAAUACGAGUACGAAUAUCCGAGCCCCACAAACGAAUACGAAUACAAAUACGAAUCCGAACCCGAAUCGAGGAGAUACGAAACGAUCGCGCGCGUGAAAAGCCUCGUGAAGAAAAGCGCUACGAAAAAAGUGGGGGAAAAAUCAAACGCCACGCGACCUUAGGCCCGUCCAAUUUGGGGGGGCGUGCAGCGGGGCGUGGCCGUGCGUCGACUCCUAGCGAUCGCUCAAGUGAAACGCGGCGAAAUUCUGUUCAGAUAACAAAAAUGAGUCACCAAAAUAAGCAGCAACAGCAGCAGCAGCAACAGCAGCAACAUCAAAAGCAACAGCAACUAUCGAGUGCGGCCAAGUGUUCAUAAAUUAAUGCUAGGCAUACAGUGUGUUAGACCAGUCCGAAAGACACUAUCCCCCUCUCUCUCGCUCUCGAACAGUCCGUCUCUCUCUUGCCCCUGCUGUCGCUCAAAAUGCUACGAAACUAUCGAAAGUAUUUGCAGGAUAAACGGAAAUACGACAAGCCACAACGACGAGGCAGCGAAUUUUACAUUUGUCACGUUUAGGCAAAUUGCAAGGACACAGGACACACCAAUCCCCCAGCAGCAGCAGCAUCACGCAGCAGUACGCAGCAGCAAAGCGCAGCAGCAACACUCGCUAUCGAGAUUUUGUACAUAAAGUCGGGGCAAUAGCAGCAACAACUUUGGAGGACGCCAUGUAUGCGCAACAUUUGCGCAAAUGGAGUCUAAAAACAAAAAAGCAACUAAUGCCAUUGAUAUUGCUAAUUAUCAGCUACAUGUUGCUACUAAACACAUGUGUGUUGUCGUCGUCGGCGACGACGCAGCAGCAACAGCAGCAACAACAGCAGCAGCAGCAUCUUCCAAGAUUAUGGGAAGGCAGUGCCGAAGAAAGCAGCUACUAUAUACCACUGAGUUCGGAUAAUGGCAGCGGGAGCAGUGAAAGCUCCGCCGAGAGCGGUAGCAGCAGCAGUAGAAGCAGCAGCAACAUCGACAACAAUAUCUUAAGUAGGCUGCUCAGCCUCAACAGCAAUAGUCUUAGUAGCCGUAGCAAUGUUAAGUUAAAGCCAGCAACAGUAUUCGACGCCGGCAGCAGUACACCCGCUCAGCAGGAGCAACAUGUGGCUGCCGUGCCAGAGCAGCAGCAACAGCAGCAGCAGUCAAUGCAAAAAGUUCCAAAUACGUUAAUCAAUAGUCAAAUAUAUAAUUUAUUAUACAAUGGCAUGCCCAGCGAGGCGGCGAGCAGCAAAAUGCGUCGCCACAUUCAACCAUCACAGCUGCCACAUCAGCCAGAGAGCAUAGCGCAAUUGCCGAGCAACUACAGCAGUCGGCCGGCGGUGCGGAGCUAUCUCAUCGAGUCCUACGAGAUGCCAGAGAGCCAGUUGGAGGAUCACAGUCCGGAGCUGGCGGCGCGAAGUCGUCGGGAUGGCAGCAACACCAACGGCAGCCGGCAGCAACAGCGCACCGGCCACCGGCAACAGAUGCAGCAGGACAAGCGCGAUCAUCGCCGCCAGCGGCAGGAUCAGCACAAGGAGCAGCGCCAGCAGCAUCAGCACAAGAGCGGCAACAAGCACCACCAGCAGCAGCAGCAGCGCAGGAAGCACCAGCAGAAGCACCAGCGAUACAACCGCUACUGCUCCGCCCGGGAUCCCGCCCAGUUGGCCUUUGCGGCGCCCACCGUUUUCCAGGGUGUCUUCAAGUCGAUGUCCGCCGAUCGGCGGGUGAACUUCUCGGCCACCAUGAAGGUGGAGAAGGUGUACAAGCAGCAGCACGACCUGCAACUGCCCACUCUGGUGCGAUUGCAGUUCGCGCUGAGCAACUCCAGCGGCGAGUGCGACAUCUACAGGGAGCGACUGAUGCCGCGGGGCAUGCUCCGCUCCGGGAACGAUCUGCAGCAGGCGUCGGAUAUAUCCUACAUGAUGUUCGUGCAGCAGACGAAUCCAGGCAACUUCACCAUCCUCGGCCAGCCCAUGAGGGUCACACAUUUAGUGGUGGAAGCGGUCGAAACGGCUGUGAGCGAAAAUUAUACACAGAACGCAGAGGUCACAAAGAUCUUCUCGAAGCCGAGUAAAGCCAUCAUCAAGCAUGGAAAGAAGCUGCGUAUCGUCUGCGAGGUGUCGGGUCAGCCGCCGCCGAAGGUCACCUGGUUCAAGGACGACAAGUCCAUCAACCGCAAGCGCAACAUUUACCAAUUCAAGCAUCACAAAAGACGUUCCGAGCUAAUAGUGCGCUCCUUCAAUAGUUCCUCCGAUGCGGGCAGGUACGAGUGCCGGGCCAAGAAUAAAGCCAGCAAGGCGAUCGCCAAGCGCCGCAUCAUGAUCAAGGCCUCACCAGUUCACUUUCCGACGGACCGGUCAGCCUCGGGCAUACCCUGCAACUUCGACUACUGCUUCCAUAAUGGCACCUGUAGGAUGAUCCCGGACAUCAACGAGGUCUAUUGUAGGUGCCCAACCGAAUACUUCGGCAAUCGUUGCGAGAACAAAUGGCCCGACAGUAGGUACAGCUCUCCCGAAUCAUGCAAAAAUUAUCAGGGAGGUUAUUACUGCUAAAAUAGGCACUUCUAUAGCAUCGAUUGUUUUGCGAGUCGAGUCAAACGCGAGUUAUACACAAUACCUAAACCGAAUCCAAUCAAAUCAAAUCAAAUCAAUCAAACCGAACUCAGUGCCCAUACCAAAAUAACGAAUAACAUAAAAUAUUAUAAAAUGCAAUACGAUAACGUAACAGAUCCAUCUACAUAGUACUACAACCUAAAAUGGAAGAAAGGAAAAUCCAACGAAAUUUCACAACAAUCCUAGUACAUUGAAACUUUCUGCAAAACAUCCGAGAACAGAGAAAGUGAAAUAAACCAAAUAUAGUUGAUAAAGCCACAAACACAGCCACACACAAUCAUACAGACAGAAAGUACAAAAACAGUAUGCAGAAUCUGACCAAAAUCUAAACUCCAGACACCCAAUCACAGACACUCCACACACAGAACCCCCAACUAUCAUCAGUCACUUUGUAAAACGACGAACUAAAAGUUUUAUUAGAGAACACAUUCCAAAAAGAAACAAAGUAAAGUCUUAGUAAUGAAAACAAAGAGUAAACGAAAUAAAUAACUAACCAAGUUGUUCAUAAUAUAUAUAAUUUUAUAAACUAAAAACCAUAUUAAGAGCAAUCAUUAAACACGAGAAGAAUGCAAAUAAAUACGAAUAAAAACAAAGGGUGCUAUAGAAGGUUUAUUUUAAAUAGUGUUUACAUAGGAACUUAAUUUAAUUUCAAUUCACUCAUCACACGAACCACACCAACCAAAACCACAAGUAAAUGUAAAACAAAAAACAGCAAAACAAAACAAAAUAAUUAAGCAACUCGGACAUACGGACGGACAAGCGGACGGACACCGGACAACAGGAAAAUUUGACUAAGAAAGGACCUUUUCCCCACAAAGUACUGAGAAACUUGUCGAAUCCUUUGGCUCAGCCCACACUUACUCAACCCCUCACACACAAUAUGAAUAUGAAUAUCCAGAUUUACGAUAAAAAUCAACAGAGGCUCUCUUAGUUAGAUACACGAAUAUCAACACGCAUAAACGCUGGCAAGUUAGUUACAAAAAACACUCACCCACAAAGGCAUCGAACUGACUAAACAUUUGAAACGGGAACUGAAUUUUGUUUUGUUUUCAGUGUUAUUAUUUGUAGUUUGCAAAUAUUAAAAACAAACCACAUUCGAUAACCCAUUAGAAUUUAUGAUUUCCAAUUAUUUUUAGUUACUACUCGUUAUUAGACAUUAACACUUGGCUGUAGAUUUUGACAAACCAAAAAAAAUCCACCGGAAAGAACCCAAUUCAAAUCAAAUCAAACAAACCAAC